AUGAGCACCAUCCUCUCUUCCCAUGAGCGCAAUGUAAAUCACAUUGACAAUUGUCAAGUUUGGCGAGAAUUAGAAGUUCGCCUACGUGAAAAUAAAACCAUUGACGCCAUGCACCAAAAGAAAAUUAAACAACAGGAGAGCUAUUGGAAACAAAUUUUACAUCGUUUAAUAGCCUUGGUGAGAACUCUGGGUGGACAAAACUUGGCCUUUCGCGGUUCAAAGGAUAAAUUAUAUGACCAUAAUAACGGCAACUAUUUAAAAUUUAUUGAAUAUCUUGCAUUAUUCGAUCCAGUCAUGAAUGAACAUUUGCAAAAAGUUAAAGAUGCUAAAUUAUUUGUUCAUUAUCUCGGCAAGGAUAUUCAGAAUGAACUUAUACAACUGCUAUCACGAGCUAUAAGAGCAAAAAUUUUGAAUAGUGCUAAAUUAGCCAAAUAUUAUUCAAUCAUAUUGGAUUGUACUCCUGACAUCAGUCAUACGGAACAAAUGACAAUUAUAAUAAGAUUUGUUGAUGUAAUGGAUGAAGAAACACAACAACCUGACGUGGUCAUACGGGAGCAUUUUCUUGGGUUUGUGCCACUACAAGAAACAACAGGUGCUUUCAUAUCAAAAACAAUCGUGGAUGAACUCGAACAAAUGGGAUUACAAAUUGAUAACUUACGAGGGCAAGGAUACGAUAACGGAAGCAACAUGAAGGGCAAAAUAAAUGGAGUUCAACGAAAAAUCAUUGAAAAAAACCCACGCGCAUUCUUUGUUCCAUGCAAUGCCCAUUCCUUGAAUUUAGUGGUGAAUGAUGCU